UAGAGGACUCAGAAAGGUGGGGUUCCUGCUGUGAUUAAAAUCUUGUACUAAAUGGCACCAAACAAAUAAUGUUGAAAAGAGGCUAUGAGACAAGAUAAUAAUUAGAAAUUAUUGAAGUAGGUUAAAAAAAGUUCACGAGUAAAUGGUUUUACCAAUGUUAAAGACUGGGACAAACAAAUUGACAAUUGAUUACCCACCAUGAGAACACAAACGACUCUGACCCCGAAUUUACGUGGCAACAACAAAUUAAGAGAAAGAACAUGCGGCACGCAACAGAAUUUUGGUAAGAAAAUACUCAAACUGUCGUGUUGCUUAUGGAUUUCACAAUAGUAACACUUAUGAGCUACAGAAAAGUCCACAACAUGAUCAACUUGUGAAUUCAAACUUUUAUUUUGUCGGCUUUAAGCUUACUUCUAUGGUCUACAUAUAAUGGAAGGAAGCGUUGUGUAUCUUUAUCUUUCAAAAUUGGCGGCUCAAUAACGCUUUGCAAGCUCCACUUCAAAUCUUUGUUAUCCCUAUAGUUUUUAUUACUUUUUUCUAAUGGAGAUGGUUCAAGAGCAGCAGCUACAAAAUACAGAUGACAGAAAAGAACACAACUCAGACAGAAACACAAUUGUCAAACAGCAACUUCAAGGUCCACGAUUCAGGAAAUACAAACGGUGGUUGCGUAUGUCCGUCUACAUAAUCUUUUUUCUGGCAGGCCAAUCUGCAGCUACUCUUUUGGGAGGGUUAUACUAUGACAAGGGUGGAAAUAGCAAAUGGAUGGCAACAUUUGUUCAAUCAGCUGGAUUCCCUGUAAUUAUUCCACUCCGUUUUUACUUCUCAACACAAACACAUGCCAAAUUUAAUAACAAUAAUCUCAGCAAUGAUUCCUACAAAAUCAAACCAAAAUUUUCCACCCUUGUUUUCCUCUACCUAGCUUUUGGCCUACUUCUCACAGGGGACAACUUGAUGUACUCGUAUGGACUACUAUAUCUCCCUCUUUCCACCUAUUCUCUACUAUGUGCAACCCAAUUAGGCUUCAAUGCAUUAUUCUCUUUCUACUUAAAUUCCCAGAAGUUUACAGCAUUCAUAUUCAAUUCUGUAGUCCUUCUCACCAUAUCAGCCUCCCUGCUUGCAAUCAAUUCAGAUUCUGAGGACCAAAGGGGUCUUUCCAGAGAGAAACACAUCAUUGGAUUCUUCUGCACCAUUGGUGCAUCAGCCACAUUUUCCUUAUUCCUCUCUCUUGUGCAGCUUUCUUUUGAGAAGGUUAUAAAGAGAGAAACUUUUUCUGCUGUGUUGGACAUGCAACUGUACCCUUCAUUCAUUGCUACAUGUGCUUCUGUUGUGGGAUUGUUUGCAAGUGGAGAGUGGAAAAGUUUGGACAAGGAGAUGAAGGGAUAUGAGAAGGGAAGGGUGUCAUACAUAAUGACUCUACUUUGGAUUGCUGUGACAUGGCAAAUAUCUUCCAUUGGAAUGUUAGGGUUGAUUUUUGAGGUGUCUUCAUUGUUUUCGAAUGUGAUAAGUACCUUGGCAUUGCCCAUUGUUCCCAUCCUUGCAGUUGUGUUCUUCCAUGACAAGAUCAAUGGGGUGAAGCUUAUAGCAUUGUUGUUAGCAGUGUGGGGGUUUCUGUCUUAUGUGUAUCAACAUUAUCUAGAUGACAAAAAAGUCAAGGCAGAUAAAAGUGAUGGCAUUGAGGGCCCAAAAGGUGAGGUAGAAAUUUGUUGAUGGGAUGGACCAAAUUUUGAUGGUGUUAUAGCAAUAUCUUUGAAAAAUUGAGUUGAUGAGACCGUGGGGAAGGGUGAAUGGGUGAUGUUGCUGUUGCAAUUUUAUGAAUUGUAUCUUUCUUGAUAUUUGAGGUUUAUAUAUAUAUUCUAUCAAAUACCUACUAUUUUUCUUUCAAAAAUGA